GUACCUUAGACUUUUCUUUUCUUUUCUUUUCUUUUUUUCUCUCAAGACUUGAGAAAGUAAAAAUGGAGGAGUUGGGUUCUGUGUGGGGUUUUGAAGAGAGCUUUGAAUUGAAGCAGAAGCUUGUAUACACCACCAUUGAAUUAGAUUCACUGAAAGUUGAAGCAAAUGAAGGACUGAGGAAGCACAAGGAGGAUGUUAAGCAAUUAAUUAAUCUCCUAAAGAUUGCUUACCAAGAAAGAGACGAGGCCAAAGGUCAACUGCAAAAACUGCUCAACAAACUUAUGCUUUUCAGUACUUCUGAAUUACUGCCCAUUCUUCCUCAAGCACAACCGGAAACCCCCCUUGUGAUUCCUGCUAAAGCAAAUUCCAGUAUAACUGAAUCCAACAGUCUAUCUGAUACGUAUAAUCAUCAAUCACAUGGCUCCUCCCCUGUGGAGUCCUUAAUUGAUGCAGUUACUUCACCAGAUUUCUCCAGCAUUAACAUGGCAGAAUCAAGUCACAUGGGCUUUGUGAAUAAGGCCUUGGUUCAAGAAUAUGAUGGCUCUAUACCAACAGGUUUAGUGGCUUCAGCAAUGGCCAAGAUUGAUCCGGCCGAUAUUGUAAUUGAUAAUUUUGUCAAAGGAAAAGCCUUACCACAGAGGGGAAAACUGUUGCAGGCUGUGAUGGAGACUGGUCCUCUUCUUCAAACACUUCUUCUUGCAGGUCCACUUCCGCGGUGGAGAAAUCCGCCUCCGCUGCAGCAGUUCAAGAUUCCUGUUUCUUUUAACGGUUUUGAAACUCCAAACCUCACAGCAAAUUCAAGCGGCCUUGCUCAACAACCAUUUCCUUCCCCGUCAAAUAUUGGGUUGUCUCGUGGAUCUUCUCAAAUGCGUUCAGCUUCCAUGUUAGAUUUUGCUACUUGUGCUUCUGGUUCAGGUAUAGGCAAUGGAUGUUUGUUAAGUUCUGGUGAUAUGCAUCAAAUUCCAGCUAGGAAGCGGCAAAGAUUUCAAUGAGAAUGUGGCACUUGGUUCCUUUUUUCUUUUCUUUUUUGUAAAAUCAAAUUUCAGUGGUUAAGGGUGUAAAUGAGAUGUUUUGUUUUCAACGCUUGAAUGAUGUAACUAGUUAGCUUGGCUUAUUUUCCUUUCUGUACAUGAAAUAUUACAUUUUCCUAAUAGAAGAGGGUUUCAAAACA